GAGGAGCGGGGGGGACGGUGUCGGUGGUGACACCGAUGAAGCAGCCGCCGCCACCAGCAGCAGCAGCGAGCCGAAAGCGGCCUCUGGGCAGCGCGCAGAGCGACACCCGCCGACGGCCUGCACACCACCGCUCGCCAGCCCACCCCCUCCCGAGGCGGGUCUCUUGUUUUUGGCAAUUAUUUUGACGGUUUUAUUUUUUUCCGCCCUCUAUCCAGCGUCGAGCUAUGAGUUUAACCUCCUCCUCGCCGACGGUAUCCGGAUCGUUCAGCACUCGGGAGAUUACAUGGCGGCUGCUGCUGGGCUUUAGCCAGGAAGAAUGAACACGCUCUGCGCGCAGUAUUUACGGCAAGCAGAGGCCCUUAAGGCUGACAUGACAGAUUCAAAGUUGGGUCCGGCUGAAGUCUGGACUUCCAGGCAAGCACUGCAGGACCUCUAUCAGAAGAUGCUGGUCACAGAUUUGGAAUAUGCAUUAGAUAAGAAGGUAGAGCAGGACCUCUGGAACCAUGCCUUCAAAAAUCAGAUUACAACACUACAGGGUCAGGCCAAGAACCGAGCCAAUCCUAACCGCAGUGAGGUACAGGCCAACCUUUCGCUCUUCUUAGAGGCAGCUAGUGGGUUUUACACACAGCUGCUACAAGAGUUGUGCACAGUGUUCAAUGUGGACCUCCCUUGCCGUGUUAAAUCUUCACAGCUUGGAAUCAUCAGCAAUAAACAAUGCAGCACCGGUGGAAUUGUGAAACCCCAACCCAGCUCUUGCUCAUAUAUCUGCCAGCACUGCCUUGUACAUCUUGGAGACAUAGCUCGAUACAGGAAUCAGACUAGUCAGGCUGAGUCAUACUACAGACAUGCAGCUCAACUUGUUCCUUCAAAUGGUCAACCAUACAAUCAACUGGCAAUCCUGGCUUCCUCUAAAGGUGAUCACCUUACUACCAUUUUCUACUAUUGCAGAAGUAUUGCUGUCAAGUUUCCAUUCCCAGCUGCUUCUACUAAUCUACAAAAAGCGCUUUCUAAAGCUUUGGAAAGCCGUGAUGAUGUGAAGACUAAGUGGAAUGUUUCUGACUUCAUGAAGGCUUUUAUUAAAUUCCAUGGUCAUGUGUAUUUGACUAAAAGUUUAGAGAAGUUGUGUAUGCUGAGAGAGAAGCUGGAAGACCAAUUCAAGAGACUUCUUCCUCAGAAGGCAUUUAGUUCUCAGCAACUCGUACACCUCACAGUCAUUAAUCUGUUUGAGUUACACCAUCUGCGUGAUUUCAGUACUGAAUCUGAUGACCAUUGCUAUAGUCAGGAAGAGCUACUGUGUUGGACACAACUCCUAGGUCUCUUCAUGUCUUUUCUUGGAGUAAUGUGCAAGUGUGCACUGCAGGAUGAGAACCUCAAAGAAGCCUUGGGUGAAUGCCCUCUGCCAGCUGUUAAAGUUUCAUUGGAUUGGCUGAAACUCAGACCCAAUGUCUUUCAGGAGAGUGCAUUAGAAGAAAGGCAGCACAUUUGGCCCUGGAUUGUAUCAUUGCUGAACAGUUUUCAUCCACAGGAGGAUGAUUUGUCCAGUUUUAAUGCUACUCCUCUUCCUGAAGAAUUUGAAUUGCAGGGAUUUCUUGCUCUCAGACCUUCACUAAGAAAUCUGGAUUUCUCGAGCGGGCACCAAGGAAUAGUGGGUGACAAAGAAGGACAGCAACUAAGGACACGCCAUCAGCGAUUGCUUGCUUUGGGAAAGUGGAUAGCGGAAAAUCAUUCCAGGCUUAUCCAGAGCAGAAAUGAAGAAGGGAAACUAAUGUUCAUAACUGACAUCCCAGAACUGGCUAAUGAAGAGCCUUCUGAAAUAAAGGAUAGUCUGAUUUUGCUGGAAUCUCCAUUUUCAGAACCAACUGAGAUUAGUCAAGGUUUAAAGUCUGUUUUGUCAUCAGGUAAGACUCAGAGUAACAGUUCAGAAAAUGGAGAAAAACUGGUUACCUUCAAGGAGAAUAUCAAACCACGAGAACAGAACCGGAAUCAUCAUCAGAAAGAAGGCAUGAAAGAAAGAUGGGACUUUAACAAAGGAAAUGAUAUUACAAAUAAAAUGGAUGUAAAAAGAGAUAGCAAUAAAAGAAAGACUGAACCAAAGAAAAAUAAUCAGGACAAGAACCUGGAACAUGCUCGGAAACAGAAUGUGGCGGUGCAGGUAAAAGCUCAGUCUGAAUUACGAAAGACACCUGUAUCAGAGGCAAGGAAGACACCAGUGACGCAGUCACCAAACCAAACCAGCAAUUCACAGUUCAUCCCCAUUCACCAUCCAGGAGCAUUUCCUCCUCUUCCUAGCCGGCCAGGGUUUCCUCCACCUCCUUAUCUGGUGUCGCCACCAGUUACUUUCCAAAUGACUCCUGGCUAUACAUUUCCACCUGGAGUCUCCAUACCAGGACCUUUCAUCCAAGCCACUGGCCACCCACAGUCAGGAAACCAGGUACCAGGCGGAAAGCAAUCCCAUGUCCCCUAUAGCCAGCAGCGCCCUUCAGGACAAGGGCCAAUAAACCAAGGACCCCAGCAACAGCAGCAGCAAUCUCAGCAACAUCAGCAGGUCACUCCAUCCCAGUCACAGCUUCAGGUUCAGGUUGUGAACCAGCAGUCGCCCACCAAGGCAGUGCAGCCAAUGGGAAAGAAUCAACACCAUCUCGGACCUCAGCAGUAUCUGCAGGCUGAUCAGACCAACCAGCUUUGGAAUCAGCAUCAUCCAGUCUCCUCUCAGCAUCAGAAGAAUUCUAUACAGAUGUCUCUGAAACAACAGCCCUAUUACAUGCAUCAGGACCCUCUGAAGCUAUUUGAAAAGUCACUUCAACAAUCACAAGUCCAGAUGGAAAAGAAUCUGAAGAGUUUUGCUAUGGAGCCUUUUACCCAGAAUCCUUCCGAUGUGCAAAAAUUGCAGGACUUUGCAUGGGACUAUGACAUGCGACAUAUGAUGGGACAUCAGCUGAAUAAUGAUCAUAUGGUGAAACGGCAUCCAGGGGUUUUCCGAACAGACCAAGAUAAUAUGACUAGAAUGCAGUCAUAUGAGAUGCCAAAUCGAUCUCGACUGGAGAGGCCUUCUGAGCUGAUCACCUCUUCAUCCUUAUUGUCCUUGCCACCUUUUCCACUUAAUCAGGAAAACUCUCAGAAUAACAGCAUUUUCAGUGAGGUUUAUGGCAAGAAUCUAGCACCAAGUGGCAAGUCAGAGAAUGCGCUACCACAAGCAUUCCAUGAGACCUCCUGUUAUUCAUUAUUUGAUGGAAACCCUUGGUCCCCAUCUCUUCCUGCCAGCUCAGACCAUUCAACACCAGCAAGCCAGUCUCCUCACUCCUCUAAUCCCAGCAGUUUGCCAAGUUCUCCACCAACUCACAACCAAAACUCAUUUGCUGGCUUUGGACCUAUUGGAACUCCUGACAACAGUGAGAGGAGGCUGACUGAUCGGUGGAACAUGAAACGUACAGAUAAAUCAGUAAUGAGUGGAUUUGGCCUGGACUAUCUACCUGCUGCAUCUUCCUCUUCAGACAUCACUUGGCAUCAGGUCAGUACUCCCAGCAACACCUGGGCUGCCCCAAACACCACACUGGAUGAGUCAUCCACACUGCUCAUGGACAGUUUCAAGUCAAUCUGGUCUAGUUCAAUGAUGCAUCCUGGACCUUCUGCACUGGAGCAGUUGCUAAUGCAGCAGAAACAGAAGCAACAGCGAGGACUCGGCACACUAAACCCACCACACUGAGAGGCACAAUGGCAUGACCGGUGAAUCCAGGUUACACAACUCAAGGCAUGUUGGGUUUGCAUUACAACCCACGGUCCCCUGCAGGUGGCAGCCCUCUCUUCUCUGUGUUUUCUUGCUGUAGAGAGGGCGUAAGCACUCCACCAGUGCUGCGUGUGCACAAAGCUGCUACUGAGGAAAAAACAAAAAAAAGAACAUUACAUGCUUCCUGUCACUUCCAGAGGAAGAUCCAUCACCCACCUCACUCAGUUAUCUCCUAACCACUCGAUCCUACUGAACGAUGUCCUAUGUUCUUCUCUAUUUUAUACAUCUCUAAUAUGGUUGAGCAAUGGAAGGAGAUGAAAUGGGAAAGAAAUCCCAAGUGGGCAGAGGUAGUGUUAAAUAAAAGGAGAAUCAGCUAAUGAAUCAGCUAGUGAGGAUGUGGUUAAGUUUUGUAAAUCCUCUAUCAUCUUGGUUUUUGAGAGUGAUCAUUUUCUGCUCUGUUAAGGAACAGGUGUUCUUGUAAUCUCUAAAUGUAGUGACACUGGCCCAUUUGUCAGCUUUCCUCAAACCUAUUACAUAAGGAUGUGGAGGCAUUCUGUUAGUAAAUUUAUAUGAAGGCAACUUUUCAGACAGGCAAGGGUUUUGUGUGUUUGAAAGCAGCUUCACAUCUCUGCACCUUUAGCUAAUAGAUUUUUUAAAAAGGAAAAACUAGUUGUUAAUGUCAAUAGCUGCAGUAGUAAUUACAAUAUUAAAUACUUGUGAUACUGUUCUGUAGCAAUCCUAGCUAAAAUGUUGAUAAGACGUGCAGCAGAGAGCUCUGCUUAAAAGAAGAAAAAAGCAGUAAUUGCUAAGGAUUUUAAAUUAGUGGUUUUUGAUCAUAACAGUAGCUAUAAAUUUUACUAUAGCAUACCAACCUUGAAAGGGGUUAAUUUAUCUAUUUAGUUCUAGUUCAGGCUUCUUUUAAUUAUUAGAUAAAAACAGCUUUUGUCAGCUUCUGUCUGAUGGUAAUUUUUAUUCCUGAUUUGGCAGUGUCUUUCAAAGUAGAAAAAGGGUCCAGCAAUGCUGCUGGUUCAGCAAAACGGGGCACAAAGCAGGUAUGUGAGUGAGUAAGUGGGCCACUUGUACUUGUGGGUGUCUGUUACUGCAUGUGGCCACCUGCUACUCCAAUUUAAAAGAAAAAAAUAUAUGAAAAGCAUGGGUCAUACACUGUGGUCAUCUUAUCAGUAAGCUUCAGGCUCUUGAAUGUAACAAACAUAUGUCCUUUAUGAGCUUUGUGGAAAGAUCUGAAUGUACUGUUUGCAGACUCACACAAAACUGUCUGUUAAAUCAUUCUUCAGUAAUGAAAAAGUACUUACAGUAAAAACUAUUUCAGUUGAACUUCUGGUGGCAAAAGCUGAUGUAAUUACAGGAAAUCACUGUUUUCUGUUCUUAUUUUGCAGUUGAAGAGUUACAUUGUCUGAGUUACUGAGAGUUGUUCAAAAUCUAAAAUCUCAUGCUUGUGGGGGAGAAGUACAGAGCUCAGGUGGGGGUAUGACUGUUCCGGUCAGCUUGCUAAGAAGUGCAACACUAGAAAGGAGAGGUGUUGAAAAAGUCUUGUGUUUUUUUAGAAAUGAUAUUUAAUGACUUCACAGUAUGAAGACUUAAAAGCAACUAAGACAACUUCCACUCCCUGUUUUUCUUUUUAAAAAAAAAGAAUCUGGCAGCCAGUUAGAGGUAUAGCUCCACGGUCAACCCACUGAAACAUUCCACCAUUCUGCUCUGGUCACAUAAAUCAAAGCAAUUCUGCUAUUGAAUCACCUUGCU